CCCACCAUCUCCCCAAGAUGCAGUUUCUUGAUGUGGAGGAGCCUCUGGCUGAUGAAGAGGAUGACGUUUUUGGUGAAGGACUGCCAACCAGACUCCCAGAAAUCAUGUUGGUAGGGUCCCAGUCCUUCUCACCGGGAGGGCCCAAUGGGAUCAUUAGAAGCCAGUCCUUCGCGGGGUUCAGUGGCCUUCAAGAAAGACGAUCCAGGUGUAACUCCUUCAUUGAAAAUUCCUCAGCUCUCAAGAAACCCCAGACCAAAUUGAAGAAAAUGCACAAUCUAGGACACAAAAACAACAAUCCUCCCAAAGAGCCCCAGCCUACAAGGGUGGAAGAGGUCUACAGGGCCCUGAAAAAGGGACUCAGUGAAUACCUGGAUGUUCACCAGACGGAGCUGGACAAGCUAACGACUCAGCUCAGAGACAUGAAGAGAAACUCGCGCCUGGGUGUGCUGUAUGACUUAGACAAGCAAAUUAAAACGAUCGAGAGAUACAUGAGACGCCUGGAGUUUCACAUUAGUAAGGUGGACGAGCUCUACGAGGCCUACUGCAUCCAGCGACGUCUCCAGGACGGCGCCAGCAAAAUGAAGCAGGCCUUCGCAGCGUCCCCCGCCAGCAGAGCCGCCCGCGAGAGUCUGUCGGAGAUCAGCCGGAGCUACAAGGAGUACACGGAGAACAUGUGUGCCCUGGAAGCGGAGCUGGAGAAUCUGCUGGGGGAGUUCUCCAUCAAGAUGAAAGGUCUGGCCGGCUUUGCGCGCCUCUGCCCUGGAGACCAAUACGAAGUCUUCAUGAAGUGCGGCCGGCAGAGGUGGAAGCUGAAGGGCAAGAUAGAGGUCAACGGCAAACAGAGCUGGGAUGGGGAGGAGACCGUCUUCCUGCCCCUGAUCGUCGGAUUCAUUUCCAUCAAGGUCACAGAGCUCAAAGGGCUUGCGACUCACCUCCUGGUGGGCAGCGUGACCUGUGAGACCAAAGAGCUGUUUGCAGCCCGACCGCAAGUGGUGGCCGUGGACAUCAACGACCUCGGAACCAUCAAGCUGAACCUGGAAAUCACCUGGUAUCCCUUUGACGUGGAGGACACGACCCCAUCCUCGGGGGGUGCGGGGAACAAGACGGCAGCGCUGCAGAGGAGGAUGUCCAUGUACAGCCAGGGCACCCCGGAGACGCCCACCUUCAAAGACCACUCCUUCUUUAGGAGCCAGCUGCGUCCCUCUGCAGACAGGCCGUGGUGGCUGUCUGUCUUGAGCRCCUCCAGGGACUCUCUCUUUGCCAAGCUGCACCGCAGCCGCUCUCUCAGGGACCUGCCCUCCCUCGGCCUGAGCCCCAUGGCUGUGCUAGAGUUCUAUGCGAAUCUGCCCRAUGACAUCUUUGAAACUGGGAAGACGGCGGAGCAGCCAAAGCCACUCUCCCUCAGCUCCUGUGACCUGCCCAACGGGGACUGUGCCCUCCCCUGCAGCUCUGCUGCGUCUCCCUCUGGCUCAGCGAAUCCAGAAAUCACCAUCACCCCUGCAGAGCUCGGCCACASCAGCCCGCCUUCCCAGGACGAGGGAGGGGAUGACGGCAGCUCGGCAUCUUCCAGGAACUCCUYGGGAGAAGGCCAGGAACCCGAGUCACCCCUGCAGGAGGACCCAGCGGAGCCCACGGCCCUGGGGGCUGAGCGCCUGUUCCUGGAGAAUGCAGUCGCCGAGGCCCUUCUGCAAGAGUCGGAGGAGGCCUCGGAGCUCAAGCCUGUGGAGCUGGACACCUUUGAAGGGAAUAUCACCAAGCAGCUGGUCAAGAGGCUCACCUCGGCCGAGGGGCCGGCAGCCACAGAGCGUCUGCUUUCUGAGGACUCGGCCGGUGGGGAGUCCUUCCUGGAUGGCAGCUUGGAGGACGCCCUGAGUGGGCUGUUCCUUGCUCUAGAACCGCAUAAGGAGAAGUACAAGGAGUUUCAGGACCUGAACCAAGAGGUCAUGCAUUUGGAUGAUAUUCUAAAAUGCAAGCCCUCGGUGAGCCGCAGCCGGUCCUCCAGCCUCAGCCUCACGGUGGAAAGCGCUUUAGAGAGCUUUGACUUCCUCAACACCUCUGAUUUUGAUGAGGAGGAGGACGGGGAGGAGGCGCGCCGUGGCGGCGGUGCUGACUCGGUGUUCUCGGACACCGAGCCCGAGAGGAGCAGUUACAGGUCGGUUCACCCAGAAGCCAGGGGGCAUCUUAGUGAGGCACUGACCGAAGACACAGGCGUGGGGACCAGCGUGGCAGGCAGCCCCCUCCCGCUGACCACCGGGAACGAGAGCCUGGACAUCGCCAUCGUGCGGCACCUGCAGUACUGCACCCAGCUCGUUCAGCAAGUUGUCUUCUCCAGCAAAACCCCCUUUGUGGCAAGAAACCUCUUAGAGAAGCUUUCGAGACAGACCCAAGUGAUGGAGAGACUCGCGGCUGCCAGUGACGAGGAGGCGGGGAGCCUGAGCUCUGUCGUGCAAGCCAUCCCAGAGUUUCACAAAAAGCUGUCUCUGCUGUCCUUCUGGACCAAGUGCUGCGGCCCGGCCGGGGUGUACCACAGCUCUGCCGACAGGGUGAUCAAGCAGCUGGAGGCCAGCUUUGCCAGGACUGUCAACAAGGAGUACCCAGGACUCGCAGACCCAGUGUUUCGAACCCUGGUCUCGCAAAUCCUGGACCGGACGGGGCCUCUGCUGCCCGGCAGCCUCUCCUCGGAAGUGGUCACGGUUUUCCAGUACUGCAGUUACUUCUCCAGCCACGGCGUGAGCGACCUGGAGAGCCACCUGUGCCAGCUGGCCAGGCAAGUCUCCAUGGUGCACACCCUGCAGUCCCUGAGAGAUGAGAAGCUGCUCCAGGCCGUGGGCAACCUGGCUCCCAGCAGCCUCCUGGCUCAGCAAGAGGUGCUCCGGACUCUGGCUCUGCUCUUAACCAGAGACGACAGUGACGUCAGCAAGGCUGUGACACUCUACUUGGCAGCAGCCUCCAAGAACGAGCAUUUCAGGGAAAAGGCCUUGCUCUAUUACUGUGAAGCACUGACCAAGACCAACCUGCAGCUGCAGAAGGCAGCCUGCCUGGCCCUGCGGAGCCUGGAGGCAACUGAAAGCAUUAAAAUGCUAGUGACCUUGUGUCAGUCUGACACGGAAGAAAUCAGAAAUGUGGCCUCAGAAACCCUCUUGUCUCUUGGAGAAGACGGGCGGCUGGCCUAUGAACAGCUGGACAAAUUUCCGCGAGACGGUGUGAAAGUUGGAGGUCGUCAUGGAGCUGAGGUGGCCACGGCCUUUUAGCCACGGGUCAGGCUGCCUGGCCACGGUCCCGACUUCUGGCCCUUCCACCCGGUGUCCAAGACUUGAAGACCUCCUACAAUGUGAGGGGAGUCUCAGUCUGGUUUCACAGCCCCUCUGCUUUUCCUUUGGCCACAAAAACAGGGCUGUGCAGAACUCUGACCGCGUCGUUGACCGUGACUGGCAAUAUCAGGAAGAGUCCGUCUUGUCUUAAUAAGUGGGGAUUUUAAAACAGCCAUCUUUGUACCUUUUUGGAAUUUCAAUAAGCUUGAAAUUGUCAUGCGAUGUUUCUAUAAAUACCAUCUGCUUUGCAGUUUUUCUCUGUGGUGUUCUCAGGGUUGAGUGGUCCUUUAGCUACCUAAUUUUACUUUAAAUACAAGCACACAAAAAAUGAUUUCUUCAAACAAUGCUUGCCUGAAGAAUGUGGCAAAAUGACCCAUUGUAAGAGUCUAAUUUUUAUAUUUUACUUUUUUAAGCUCUGUGUUUCUUUUGUCCAUCCUAAAAAUUCCCAAAUCGUGUUCUCAUCAUAUUUAAAAGAUAACUAAAUCACUAAGAACUGCCUUAGUAAGAUUAUGCCCAUAUGCUCAAAACCCAAAAAACUCACUAAGCCUUUUUUAUUUGUUUUUUGGAUUUUUUUUUAGUGGGACUGAACCCAGGGCCAUUUGGGGU